AAAAAGUCCUCAGCAUAUGUUUGGAAUGACAGCUCCCUGAUUUUUGAUCAGUUUUGUAAAAAUGGCUGGUGCAUUAGCGCGAGUUAUACAGGGAACGAAGGCUCACUUAGGUGUAGUGGGGCCCCUGGUGAGCGUCAACAAUGUGUCCGUGCGGUUCCAGCAGACGCAAGCUCCGCCUCAGAAAGCGAAAUAUGGGCCUCUGGCAGACGCCGACAGGGUUUUUACAAACUUGUAUGGCAGACACGACUGGAGAUUGAAGGGCGCCCUGAGCCGCGGCGAUUGGUACUUGACCAAAGAGAUCAUUCUCAAGGGAACUGAUUGGAUUGUCAAUGAAAUGAAGACCUCAGGUCUCCGCGGCCGUGGCGGUGCCGGUUUCCCCACUGGCAUGAAAUGGUCCUUCAUGAACAAGCCCUCCGACGGCCGUCCCAAGUACCUGGUAGUUAACGCUGAUGAGGGUGAGCCCGGCACUUGCAAGGACCGCGAGAUCAUGCGUCAUGACCCACACAAGCUGGUGGAGGGAUGCUUGAUCGCUGGAGCCUGUAUGGGUGCACAGGCCGCCUAUAUCUACAUUAGAGGAGAGUUCUACAAUGAGGCUAGCAAUCUGCAGGUGGCAAUUGCUGAGGCCUACCAAGCCGGUCUGAUCGGAAAGAACGCCUGCGGUUCCGGCUACGAUUUCGACGUGUUCGUGCAGCGCGGAGCCGGCGCCUACAUCUGCGGCGAAGAGACUGCCCUUAUUGAGUCCAUCGAGGGCAAGCAGGGCAAGCCGAGGCUGAAGCCCCCGUUCCCGGCUGAUGUUGGUCUCUUUGGAUGCCCGACUACAGUGAAUAAUGUGGAGACUAUUGCUGUAGCUCCGACGAUCCUCCGCCGUGGCGGCUCCUGGUUCGCGUCCUUCGGCCGCCAGCGUAACUCCGGAACCAAGCUCUUCAACAUCUCCGGACACGUCAACACGCCCUGCACCGUCGAGGAGGAAAUGAGCAUCCCGCUGAGGGAAUUACUCGAGAAACACGCUGGAGGCAUCAUCGGGGGAUGGGAUAACUUGUUGGCUGUUAUCCCUGGAGGAUCGUCCACUCCACUCAUCCCUAAAGACGUAUGCGAGACAGUCCUCAUGGACUUUGACGGCCUCGUCGCCGCACAGACCUCUCUCGGCACGGCCGCCAUCAUCGUCAUGAACAAGCAGACGGACAUCGUGAAGGCCAUCGCUCGCCUGCUCAUGUUCUACGCGCACGAGUCCUGUGGCCAGUGCACGCCGUGCAGAGAGGGCGUGGGGUGGAUGAAGAAGAUCAUAUACAGAUUCGUUGACGGCAACGCUUCACCGAAAGAAAUCGACAUGCUAUGGGAGCUUUCCAAACAGAUUGAAGGACACACGAUCUGCGCCUUGGCUGACGGUGCCGCGUGGCCCAUCCAGGGGCUGAUCCGCCACUUCAGGCCCGAGCUGGAGCGCCGCAUGGCCGAGCACGCCGCCAUUCAUGGACCCAGCAAGGCCGAGCGCUGCUACUAGACCAUACCAUCUUAGACAAAUCCAUACCAUACCACUCGUUGACUUGUAAUAUGGUUUAAAGAACCGAUUUAUCACUAAAUUCUACUAAAAUGAGACAAGAAAUCUUAAACGAAUCGCCGACUUGUUGAGUCGUUUUAUGGUUUGUUUAGUGAACAUAUUUGUCGAAUUUUGCCGAAAAAGGUUAAAUA